AUGGUGAUAAGUUACUACGUUGUGAAUCCAGUGUUAGCACAAUGGAUUCAACUCCCUCCCUCCUCUCCUGAUCCUCCUAGAGACGCUUAUCCAUACCCUGGUCAUUACACUGAUACGGGACUUAAAUGGAGUUUUGAGGUUUUCUCAUCGGAUAAGGGUGAAUGGAGUGUUGAACAAGUCUCUUGUCCAGGUGGUGGUGUUAGUAUGCGCAACGUAUACAAUCCUGUUUCUUUGAAUGGGAAACUUCACUGGCUUGAUGGCUCCCGUGGUAUUAUCGUUCAUGAUUUCUUCUCUUGUGAUGAUCAAGUUCGAGCAUUACCACUACCCGCCAUGAUGGAAAGCGCUGAGUGGCUACGGUCUGAGCGUCGACGACGUCAAAUAGAUAAAUGCCCCUUUCCACUCCGCAAGAAGAUCUGCACCACCUCGCAAGGAUAUUUUGUGAUUAUUGAUGUUGGAUCGAUAGACGAGGUCAAGAGCUAUAAUGUUAAAGUUAUGAGGCUCAAGACUGAUUCUUGGAACUGGGAAAAGGCUUGGGAAAUCAACAUGUCAUGUGUAGAGCUUGGCUUUAAGUGUGUCCCAAUGGCAAUCAACUGUUUUGACAUCAACAUCAUAUAUCUAUGGGACUUAGACCGUAACUGUUUCCUCGCUUGUAACCUUCGUACACAUAAGAUAUUGUGUGGUCCUCGUAAAGAUGGUGCCACUUACAACCCCAAAUAUUUAUGUCCUUCUAUCUUUCGAGAAGAUCAUAUUACUCGUGAAGAUGGUACCUUCUACAAGGAAGAUACUUUCUGCUACGAGCCACAUUCAAGCCUUUUGCAUUUUGUUCCGUCCUUGCAAGUCAUACCUACAUAG